AUGAAAAAAUAUUUCUAAAUCCAACUUAAAAUUCAGGUUCAGAACAUAAUUUAGAAAUAAAUAAAGAAGCAUUUAAAUAUUGGGUAUAUAGUAAUAAUAUUUAAUAAAUAUAUUUUAUUAUAAUAAAUAAAAAAAAAUAUAUAGUAUUAUAGCGUUGGAAAAAGUUUUAGAAAAUAUUAAUUCGAUAUAGUAUAAACAUGUUUAAAAUAUAAUACACUGGUUGCUUUACCUACAGGAUUAGGAAAAACAUUUAUUGCGGCUACUAUAAUGUUUAAUUUUUAUGUAUGGUUUCCCAAAGGAAAGAUAUUUUUUUUGGCGCCAACUCGCCCUUUAGUGAGUUAAUAAAUGGAAUGUUUAAAAAUUUUUGAAAAAAUAAAUUAAUAGGAUAUAAUUGAAAUUGUAGGAAAUUUGCCGACUAAAAAAAGAAAGGAGUUUUACCAAAAUAAACGUGUUUUUUUCUAAACGCCUUAAACUUUAGAUAAUGAUCUAUAAGAAAAAAGAUAUGAAGGGGAUAAUUUAUGUUUAAUUGUUUUUGAUGAAGCACAUAAAGCUACAGGGAAAUAUGCUUAUACUAAUAUUAUUAAUUAAUUAGAAAAGCUUCAUUUUGGAUAUAGAGUUUUAGCUUUAAGCGCUACUCCUGGAAAUUAAUUUGAAUAAAUAUAAGAAGUUCUAAAAAAUUUAAAAAUAUGUAAACUAGAAGUGAAAGAUGAGAAUGAUGAAGAUAUAAAGAAAUAUAUGCAUAAAAAAUAAAUAUUUCCUGUAAAAGUAUAAAAUAAUGACUAAAUAAAUAAAAUUUAGGAAAAUAUUUCUAAUUUAAUAUUUAAUUGUUAUUAGUGGUUAUUAUAAUAAGGAGUAGUACCUUUUUAUAUUAAAAUGAAAGUCAGAUAACCUGUUGAUAUUCAUAGGGGAAUUUUUUAUUCGAUUUUUAAAAAUUUUUAUCAAAAAUAACAAAUAUAAAAUGAUGUAAUUGAAAAAGGAGGAACUAUUGGCUUAACAGAAGUUUAGAAUUAACUUUAAGUAAAAAAAAAGAAUAUAGCUGACAAGAAUUUUUCUAGUUUAAAGAAUUUUCUUAAAAUGGAAUAGUUUCAGCCUUUUUAGAAACAUAAAAUACCUACAAAAAAAGAAAGUAAAUUAUAAAAAAUCGAAAAUAUUUAAGAAAUCGAAGAUGUUUAAGAAAUCGAAAGUCAUCCCAAAAGUUAGCAAUUAAUUUAAAUUUUAGUUGAUUAAUUUUAGAAUGAAAAAAAUGUUUAAAAUUUCUCCAAAUCUAUUGUUUUUACUUAAAAUCGAAACUCGGCUUUUUAAUUGAAAAAAUUAUUAAAUUAAUCCUCUGUAUAUAUUAGAAGUGAAGUUUUUAUAGGACAAGCUAAUUUAGAUGGAUAAGGGAUGAACUAAAAAGCUCAAAUUCAAGUUAUUAAGAAGUUUAAAAAUAAUGAGUAUAAUACCCUUAUUGCCACUUGUAUAGGAGAAGAAGGGCUCGAUAUAGGAGAAGUGGACGUUAUUGUUUGCUAUGAUUCAGGAUUUUCGCCUAUUAGGAUGAUUUAGAGGAUGGGAAGAACAGGAAGGAAGAGAGAAGGGAAAGUUUAUAUUUUAUUAAUGGAAGGAAAAGAGUAUUUGAGUUAUAUAUAAAGUUAGAAAAGACAUAAGGCAUUGAUCAAACUGUUAAAAAUUAAUAGUAUAGAAGGUAAUUUUUAGAAAGGAAGUAAUAAAGAGAAAUUUUAAUUUUAUGGAUUUAACCCGAGAAUGAUACCGGUAGAUGUAAAUCCAUUAUGUAAAAUUAUUAUUAAUGAAUAGUAAGAUUUAGUACUUUAAAAAACUACAUUUUAGAAUAUUGAAGAAGUUUAAGAAAAUUCUGAUCUGGGUGAAUUU